CCGACGGUGCGUUCGACGUUUUCAGUUGUCUUCCUCCACUUACAGUGUACACAGGAUUAACGCUAACGACCCAAACCAAGAAAACUAAUUACGAAUCUGGUGACCGAUGACCGAUCAAUUUGAACCCUAAUCAAAAACGUGGUUACAAGGUGAAAGGCCAUCGAGAUGAGGGCGGUCCUACUCAUCGUGCUAUUAGGUGUAGUCCGGUGGAGCACAGCGCAUGUGGUUUAUUCCAAGGAACAGGCAAGAGUAACACGCUUGCCUUAUGAUGAUUGGCGGCCUAUUCGUGAAGCGCCAGGACUUGGCAGACACGUCGGGCACUCUGGAUUGAUCCGGUACCCCCUGUACCAAAAGGGCUACAGCUACUCUCCAACGAAGAAAAUUCUAGCCCAGCAGACCGACCAGGCAGAGAACAUCGGAAUCUUCUCUCCGACACCCCCCACGAUCCUCGGUUCGUUCAGCGUCUUCGGCCACGCUACUGUGAACGCGAGAGAGCACGCUUCGCACAUUACGAAAAAGUCUCCGAGGCCGCAGCUCACUCACGAUUAUCACCAUUUGGACAACAGGCCCAAGCUCGGCGGUUACCCGUUCCACCAUCAGUUCGUCGGUUCUCCGUAUGUCUACAGCGAUCCGCCCAAACGUCCUCAGAAGUACAACGAUUAUGUUGAACAGGCGUACUAUUACGACAGUUCCCUCAGACCUCCCCCUAGGGAAAUUAACAACAAAGCCUCGGCUUUUCCUUCUCACAGUCAAUCGACCUCAUUGACCCCCAACACGUUCUAUUUCGAACAGCCACAGCCCUUCCAGCCUUCUGGAUUAGACAACAGUUUCCAUAAAGCGCGAAAGCCGAACAAACCCAUCUCGCAUACGCCUUACCGCCUGGGCGGGCAGGGCCAAACACUUUACCCCACGUUAAGCCAUCUGGAUCAGUUUAAAACCUCCGUGACGAGUAGCUUCGAACCUUCUUCCAUCUCCUUUUUCAAUAACGGUUAUACCAAGAACAAAAACCAACCUAACGACCCGUAUUUCCACAGAAACCCUUUUGGCGACAUACAGCUUAGCACGAGGAGACCGGAACAGAACAUUAAACCGGUGACGGAAGAAAAAGAACCAAGUAAAGACAUUUACGAACAUUUUUCAAAUUUAGGCAGACCGUUCCAAAGUUCUCAACCGUAUACGACGACCGUAGAAAGCCAAAAAGACGUACACACAUACUCACCGUUUGUUACUACCUAUCCUUCUCUAGCUCCCCAUAGCGUAAAAUUUUCAGACGUGGCUCAACCGUUUCAACUAAACGACUAUCAAACUCAAGGCUCUCCACUCGCGAGCGUUAAACCGGAUUACAUAGUUACUCAGCAACCUUUUACGCAAGAUGUAUAUCCAAUAACUGUGACCACAAUUGACGUAUCUUCCGAACCUUACGAAGAACCGAAGAAAAUACCAAACGAAACGGAAGCUCCUUUCGUUCCGUCUAGCGCUCCGAAGCCCUACUCUAAACCGACUACUUACGAAACUUACACCGACCGUAAGCCCCAAGUGCAAAUAAAUUCUUACCACGGGUAUAACGAAAACGCACCUGUGCCUUUCCUUCCGACGCCAUCGCCUGACGUAGUCCCUUACCUGUCCGAACCCACUUCGGAAGAACAAUCGACCCAGACUCCGGAAGUCAGUGAUGACGGACAAUACAACAUUAUAUCCACUAUAGACACUAAGUACCAGGAAAACACAGAACUGGCGACAGAAUCCCCGACGACGACCGUCGCCGUUGAAACGACGACCAAAUACCGUCCUCCGAAACGUCGUCGUCCUUCAAGACCGAGCCAAACCAGGAACGAACUGACCGGUAACUCUAAGCUUAAAAACCACCGUUUGACAGAUGUUUCUUCCACUACCGUAGAUUAUCACAAGUCACAGAGGAGGAGGAAACCGAGUAAGUACAGAGAAGGUUCGGAAUUCAAACGACAGAGGACCAGUACGACCACGUCGACGACCCCUAAACCCGAGAUUUACGAACCGACCGAACAGUACGAUUAUACAACCGCCUUCUCAGGCGAGUCAGGGCCUUUGACCAGAAACCAUAAUGACAAUAUUAUAACCAGACCGAAAGAAGACGAAUACAACCAGUACGACCAAUACUACAACACACAACACUUUGGUUUGGGCGACGUGCAAAUCGGAGAAAACGACCAGUCUGACAUUAAUUAUGACGAUGAGUUCCGCCACCCGCCUAGCUCUUCAACAAGCACGUCUACGACCACUACGACGACCACCACAACAACAACGAGCGCUCCAAUAACUGUCACAACCCCGUCAAUAGAAACGGCGACCAACUCCAUUUCCUCGAGACUAAAAAAUAAAUACGGGAACAACAGACCUAGGUUUAGCGUGAAGGAUUACAGGGAGAGACUAAAUAGAGCCACAUCUACAACUACUCCGACACCUCAGAAAUCCGAACCGGAAAUCGACCCGACGGUCAAAACCAAAACCGAAAGCACGAAAUAUCCCGGCAGGACGAGAACGACCCACCAGCCGAAACCAACUUCUGAAACCAGCACAACCACCACGUACCAAUCCGAAUCCACGACCGAAUCCAAAUAUAGAAAAUACAAAUCCAGAAUCGGUCCUUCGCGGUACAAAACGUCGACAACUCAGCAGCCGGAAAAUUUGGAGACGACGACAACAGAGCGGAUCAAUACGUUCAGACCGAGCACAAAUCGAUAUAAACCCGGUACCGGAAAAUACUACAGCAGAUACAGGACGUCGACGAUCCCACCUAAGGAGGUCGACGACAGCCCGAUCCCGACGGCAAGAGUCACUAUCAAGCCUAAAGGCGUGUUCUCAGCAAAAAGAAAACCUUUCCCGAUAAAGACAAAACUGACCACGAACAGAUUCGCCGAGGAAAGCAGCUCAGAAGACGAUUUGCCCAAAUCCGCUAUCCCUUCAAAGAUCGUCGAAAACGAAGUGGACCACAAUGCGAAUGUCAUUUCGAAAAAGAUGGACGACGGACCGACAACAACGAUUUCAGCUGAAGAAGAGAGCAGUGUGAAAGGUUCCAUUGCCUCCGAGCCGCCCUCAGAUCCGACCGGUGAAGAGGCGAUGCGGAUCGCAGACCUGACGUCCUCCUCCAGUAACGACUACCAUUCCCAGAGGAUUUUCAAAGGGGUGACCAGUGCUAAUACCAGAAGGACGCUACCGAAAAUCACACUACCGACCGACGAACCGAUUCUCCCUCUUGAAGCCUUUUUCCAGACCCACAACAAAGACAAAAAAUAAUAUCAUACAUUUUUAAAACAGACCUUCAGUAAUUGACUCAUCAAUUACAAGCCAAAUCGACUGAAAUCUAAAUUAAUAACUGACUUUAGCUCAGUUUUUUCAAUUGCCAACAAUUUCUUGAGAUUGUGUAAAUGUCGUCGAAAAUUCAAAUAUAUUUCCUCUUUUUUUUCUAAUCAAAUGAUUAUUAAAAAAUAUUUAACUAUUAGUUAUCUUUCUUCUUUUAUGAUUUCUGUGAUUUUCUUCUUUACCACGCUUCUUUGUAAAUAAAACUUCAU